AUGCUCAAGCUUCCCCAAGAGCUUCAAGAGCAGAUCUUGCUGAGGAUCCACCCCGUAGAUCGUCUCAGAACUGCUCUCGUCUGUCGCAGGUUCGCAGAGCUUGUGACUUCGCCAAAACUUCUAGCAGACGUUGGGUUUAGUAUCCGAGGUACAGAAAAGACGGCAGCAACCGCAUCUAUAGUUCAGAAUCAACGAAAAUUGGGGAGUGCCAAGUUCACCGAAGUAAAUCUACUCGAGUUCGACUCGAAACUGUGGACCAGACUCGGCGAAGACCUCUGUAAUUUGAAACUCAUCAGAUGUGACUUAUCGUCCCGUGUUUUCGUUCGCAUCAUCCGUCAAUGUCCCAAUCUUCAAUGUAUUGAGCUGUCAUUGAAAGAAAAAAUCCUACUCGACUCAGGCGAAACAGUUUUGAAAUGCAACUGGUGUACUUAUACGACGGCACGAUUGAACCACAUGGAGCGACAUACGCUAAGCCACACGGGAGAGAAGCCCCACUGCUGCCGUCAGUGCGAGUAUCGUUGCGCACGUCUGGACGCUUUACGGCAGCAUGAGAGGACACACGCACGCACAAAUCCUUUGACAUGCAGCAGGUGUGGCUACCUGGCUCAGGAUGCCGAAGAAGCAGCUUUGCAUCAGAAAGUGCACUACAACAUGUGCGAGGUGUGCGGCCGCGUAUUACAUUCAGUUCGGGCCUUGCGUCUGCACCAACGCGAACACCUCUGGAACUGCAGCUUCUGCAAGUUCAACUCGGAGGACGCGGAAAAACUUGCGGAGCACGAGACGAUGUGGCAUCUCGAUGUUGGAGUUUCGUCGUCGUCCGAUGCGAUUCUGACUUGCGAUUUGUGCGAAUACGAGACGGUGCGCCCUAAUCAUCUGCAGCGGCACGCCCUGAUACACUCGGGAGAGAAACCCCACGCCUGCCGUCAGUGCGAUUUCAGAUGUGCGCGUCAAGAUGCCCUACGGCAGCACGAGCGGACGCAUGCCCGAACCAAUCCUCUAACGUGCGCAUCGUGCGGCUUCCUGUCUGAGGAUGUCGCUGAAGCCCUUGUGCACCAAAUCGUUCACUACAACAAGUGCGCGGUUUGCGGGAGCGUCCACCACUCCGUGCGGGCGUUGCGUUUGCAUGAGCGUAAGCACGUGAAAUGCUGCAGCUUUUGUAAGUUCACCUCGAAAGACGCGGAGCAGAUCACGGUUCAUGAAGCGGAGGAGCACUUGGAUAUCGGGGGCGUCUAG